CGACAGACUAGGUGGAGAGUGGACUCAGAUAACACCACGUUGUCCACACUAUAGCCUCUAUUCUCUGUUUACAGCAAGAAAGCUCAACAAAGCAACUCACUGCAGGGGGUGGAAGGCAGUUUAUUGUCAUACAGGCGAUAUGCACACUGCAGUGACCUGAUGUGGCAGACUGAUCCUGAGUCAAAUCACACCCUCAGGAUGUCAGAUAACAACUGCUCUUUUGAUCUAGUGGCUGGGAACGAAGAAUGGCUUUGUCCUCCGGGACAGAAGUGUGUCAAUAUGACCUCUGGCAUGAAUGGCAGCCAAAUUGAUAUAGAAGACACAUGUUUGACAAAGGAAGGAUAUCUAGAAAAAUAUCUGGGCCCUCGUCAAUCAUCUGUUUUUCUGCCUGUCUGCCUCGUUUAUCUGCUCAUCUUCUUGAUCGGCGUUGUAGGGAAUGUGCUGACAUGUACCGUCAUCGCACGCAACAAGGUCAUGUGGACGCCGACCAACUACUACUUGUUCAGCCUGGCGGUGUCCGACCUGCUGGUGCUGCUGCUCGGCAUGCCGCUGGAGCUGUACGAGCUGUGGCAGAACUACCCGUUUCUCCUGGGGAAGGGAGGCUGCUACUUCAAAACCUUCCUGUUUGAGAUGGUCUGCUUGGCAUCCAUUCUCAAUGUGACUGCACUGAGCAUUGAGCGUUACAUUGCUGUGGUGCACCCACUCAGAGCAAAGUAUGUUGUGACACGAACCCACGCCAAGCGUGUCAUCCUCACGGUGUGGGGCGUGUCGGUGCUGUGCUCUGUGCCUAACACAAGUUUGCAUGGGAUCAUCACCCUUCAGAUUCACUCUGUUGGUCCUGCUGGCAACAUAAACCUGGAGAUUCCUGACUCAGCAAUCUGUACGUUAGUGAAACCACGUUGGAUAUACAACCUGACCAUCCAGCUGACAACCUUUGUGUUUUUCAUUCUGCCCAUGAUCACGAUCAGUGUUCUCUACAUGCUCAUCGGGCUGCAGUUGAAGCGUGAAAAGAUGCGACAGGCACUGGAAGCUAAGUCUGGCUUUGGAAACGACAGCUUCUGUAACAUUCGCACUCAGCAACAGAAGGCACGGCGACGACAGGUCACAAAAAUGUUGUUUGUUUUAGUGGUGGUUUUUGGGAUCUGCUGGGCCCCAUUUCACAUGGAUCGCCUCAUGUGGAGUUUUAUCAGUGAAUGGACUGAUAGCCAUCAUAAAAUCUUUGAGUACGUACACAUCAUCUCCGGUGUGUUUUUCUACCUCAGCUCAGCAGUCAACCCGAUCCUUUACAACCUCCUGUCCACACGCUUUAGAGAAAUGUUCAAAGAAGUCAUGUGCCAUCGGCCACAUCACAUCAGUCCCAGAAAACACUCUCUGAGUGUGACCCGCGUGACACUCCGCAGCACCUUGAGUGACGCACCGCUCAGCAACGGAGCCGCUGUCGCUGAGGCCGACAUGACAGCAGAUGGGGAAGGAAAAGUGAAAGAGGAGACCAGUUUUUCAUGUUAAAGAAAAAUCUUCAAGGUUAUGUGAAAGGGGAGGAAUCGUUGCAGUAAAAGCUUGUUGUUUAGGAGAAUGAGCUUGUUCUUAGCCAGUGCCUCCAUCAUCUGUAAUUAGCAACAACAAUUAGAAGAGUAUGUCAGGAAAAUGUCAUCUGUGAAGAAUUGUGUAAAAGAGGGAACACAUUUCUGCCAAAUGUAAAUAAUCACAUGUUGUUACGCUAAAAGAAGCGGCCAGUAACUCUUGUAUCACAUAUCUAAUACCUUAACACCCUUUGUUACAUGAUUUAAACAGAUAAUUAAUUUUCAAGACAUGAUGAACCAUGAAUGUAUUUUUUAAAUGCCUGCUUCGGUUCCCUUGAGUGAAGCCUGUCUCUUCUCAGCACAUUAAAGGAAUAGUUCCUUUUAUUUUAAAUUGUUGAAAUGUUGUGAACAGUUGAAGGUAUUGUUCAGGAUUUGGGAACUAAUGGGACAACUUUUUAACAAAACCCCACAUCAGAAAAACUAAACUAUCCCUUUAAUGCAGUUGGGAAUGUAUUUGGGACACAUUUGUACAUUUUCAUAAAUAGGAUGGACUUAUGGUUGUGAAGGUUCAUCCAAAACUGUGACAGACUAUUUUCUCUGUAUAUGUAUUUUUCUUGUAUGUUAUGCCCCCUUUCCAUUGGCUCUACUUUGGCCGAGUCCACUCCACUCAGCCCAUUAUUGGCUGUUCUGGCCCAGUUCUGGCUUGGUACCUGCUCUUCAUCAGGUCUCAUCAGGACUGAAAUGUUAUGUGAACAGCUGUUCACAAUUUGGCCAUUAGCAUGGUCAGCCAUAUGUCAGUGGAAUGAGAAAAAGUAAGCCAAGGUAGUGGAGAGAAUGACAAGCUAUGGAUUUUACAGCACACCGCAGUGCCUGGAAAAGCUAAAGAAAAAACAAACUCAAGAGCAACUACAAAAAUAUUAAGGACCACAAUAGCUGGAGCAGGUCAAACCAAAAGUGGUUCAAAAUCAUGGAUGCCUUUUAUGGCCAUCGUCCCACCAGUGUUCCUGGACUCCAAAACCUCACUGUUUUAGGAGAACACGAUGCACAACAUAGUGUUUAUUUUACUUUGCACAGCACACAAUGCUGAUGGCUGGAGGCGGGGCUUCAAGCAACACCGCCAGCCUUCAAUGGAAACGCAACAGGUUUCGUGCCGAGAAGAACAAGGUAGAGCGUAGUGGAGCUGUGCGGUGCUGGAACCGUGAAUAGAAAAGAGGCUUUAGACCCUACUCUACAGUAAAAAGCCAGCCAUGAUAGAUUAGUACUAGUAGUGUUAAAAAAAAAAUAAUCCCAUAACGCUAUGUAUGUCAUUGUGGAGGAUUAAUCAUCAAAUCUGUGACUGUAUCCAGUUUGUUGUUGAUAUACAGUUUCAUGCAUUUUAAUUGUUUGUGUGUUAUGUUAACAGAUUAAAAUCAAAUCUGAUCAUUUAAAAAA